GAUGCGAGGGAAAAUUAGCGGCGCUCGUAAUGUACGUACCGCAGUAAGUACGUCUCAUUAUAAAAUUAUCGUCGGGCGUAGUGAAAGGGGCUUUGACAUCGCUCCCGCGAGACGACUGAUCACUGUCGAUCGUAGCCGAUCACGCCGUCCGCUCGUGAAAUGCCCGUAACUCGCCGGUCGGUUUAGCGCACGAAACGCGAGAAACACAGUGUGACGUCAUCGUACGUAUCGCGUUCUCUUUCUCUCUCUCUCUCGCGCCCCCACCUGUGGCGCCAUCGAAUCACGGUGCGUCGCUCCGUCUCUCUCGGUGACGGAGUUGUUCGCGUCGGAGCUCGCGCGGAGCGGCGUGUUUUUGGGUCCGCACGGCAAUCGGAGUUGAGUUGCACGCGAUCGGUCCGCGCGUGUGCCACGGUGAACGGUGGAAUAUUACAACGGGAUUGUGUUUUCAGUGUGCGGUUGAGACAGACCGAAUACCAGCGCGAGUGUGAGUGUGUGAACGCGCGGCGCGUCGCGCGUAGCAGGUAGCCGUAGGACACGUCGGGGUUCAGCCAGCACCGAGCUCCCGCCCCACCGGCUUGUUGUCAAGAUGGCGUCCAAGGGGAAGCUAGACAUCGAGCAGCAUGGCCGCUCAGACUCAUACAGGGUCGCCACGUUACCCAACAUUCGCGACGACAACAAAACUGCAGAUGGGAUGUACAAGUCGCGGCGGAAGAACCCAAAGCGGAAGGGGGACAACCUAGAUGACCUGAAGCAGGAGUUGGACAUUGACUUCCACAAAGUCUCACCCGAGGAACUGUAUCAAAGAUUUCAGACGCACCCCGAAAACGGCCUCAGCCACGCGAAAGCGAAGGAGAAUCUGGAGAGGGACGGGCCGAACGCCCUGACGCCACCGAAGCAGACUCCGGAAUGGGUAAAGUUCUGCAAGAACCUAUUCGGCGGCUUCGCCCUCCUACUGUGGAUCGGCGCGAUCCUCUGCUUCAUCGCGUACUCAAUCCAGGCGACGACCAGCGAGGACCCGAACGACGACAAUCUCUUCCUGGGCAUCGUCCUCGCGGCGGUCGUGAUAGUGACGGGUAUAUUCUCGUACUACCAGGAGAGCAAGUCGAGCAAGAUCAUGGAGUCGUUCAAGAACAUGGUGCCGCAAUUCGCCACCGUGAUCCGGGAGGGUGAGAAGCUCACCUUGCGGGCGGAGGACCUUGUGCUGGGCGAUGUCGUCGACGUGAAGUUCGGCGACCGGAUACCGGCCGACAUCAGGAUCAUCGAGGCACGCGGAUUCAAGGUGGACAACAGCUCGUUAACGGGCGAGUCCGAGCCCCAGUCAAGGUCGCCCGAGUUCACGAACGAGAACCCGCUCGAGACGAAGAAUCUCGCAUUCUUCUCGACAAACGCGGUGGAAGGCACGGCCAAGGGUGUGGUGAUCUGCUGCGGCGAUCAGACAGUGAUGGGCAGGAUUGCGGGUCUUGCGUCCGGCCUUGACACCGGCGAAACGCCGAUCGCCAAGGAGAUCCAUCACUUUAUACACCUCAUUACUGGUGUCGCUGUCUUCCUCGGCGUCACAUUUUUUAUUAUAGCCUUUAUCCUUGGUUAUCACUGGCUCGACGCCGUUAUCUUCCUGAUCGGUAUUAUCGUGGCUAACGUGCCGGAGGGUCUUCUCGCUACCGUGACCGUGUGCCUCACUCUCACCGCCAAGCGUAUGGCCUCGAAGAACUGCCUGGUGAAGAAUCUCGAGGCCGUGGAGACCCUGGGUUCGACCUCGACCAUCUGCUCGGACAAGACGGGAACUCUCACGCAGAAUCGUAUGACGGUCGCGCACAUGUGGUUCGACAAUCAGAUUAUCGACGCCGACACGACGGAGGAUCAGUCCGGCUUGCAGUACGACCGCACCAGUCCGGGCUUCAAGGCGCUGGCCAAGAUCGCCACGCUGUGCAAUCGCGCCGAGUUCAAGCCGGGCCAGGAUGGCGAACCGAUUCUGAAGCGGGAGGUGAACGGCGACGCCUCCGAGGCCGCGCUGCUUAAGUGCAUGGAACUGGCGUUGGGCGACGUGAUGGGUAUCAGGAAGCGCAACAAGAAAGCCUGCGAGAUUCCCUUUAAUUCCACGAAUAAAUAUCAGGUGUCUAUACACGAAUCGGACGAUCCCAAUGAUCCCAGGCAUCUGCUGGUGAUGAAGGGCGCUCCCGAGAGGAUUCUCGACAGGUGCUCGACCAUAUUUAUCGGCGGCAAGGAGAAGGUUCUCGACGAGGAAAUGAAGGAGGCGUUCAACAACGCGUACUUGGAAUUGGGCGGGCUCGGCGAACGAGUGCUCGGCUUCUGUGAUUUCAUACUGCCGUCCGACAAGUUCCCGGUCGGCUUCAAGUUCAACUCCGACGAUCCCAACUUCCCGGUCGACGGGCUCCGCUUUGUGGGCCUGAUGUCUAUGAUCGAUCCACCCCGGGCCGCCGUACCCGAUGCGGUCGCCAAGUGCCGUUCCGCCGGCAUCAAAGUCAUCAUGGUAACCGGUGACCACCCGAUCACUGCCAAAGCCAUUGCCAAAUCCGUCGGCAUCAUCUCUGAAGGUAACGAGACCGUUGAGGACAUUGCGCAACGGUUGAAUAUCCCGGUGUCCGAAGUAAAUCCUCGCGAGGCUAAAGCCGCGGUCAUCCACGGAACCGAACUCAGGGAACUGAACUCCGAUCAAUUGGACGAGAUUCUCAGGUACCACACCGAAAUUGUGUUCGCCCGUACCUCGCCUCAGCAGAAGCUCAUCAUCGUCGAAGGCUGCCAGCGAAUGGGUGCGAUUGUCGCUGUGACUGGCGACGGUGUGAACGACUCGCCCGCUCUGAAGAAGGCCGACAUUGGUGUCGCCAUGGGUAUCGCCGGUUCGGACGUCUCCAAGCAAGCAGCCGACAUGAUUCUGCUCGACGAUAACUUUGCCUCGAUCGUGACAGGCGUGGAGGAGGGUCGUCUGAUCUUCGAUAACCUGAAGAAAUCUAUCGCUUACACCCUCACCUCGAACAUACCCGAGAUCUCGCCUUUCCUGGCGUUCAUUCUCUGCGAUAUCCCUCUGCCGCUGGGCACCGUCACCAUCCUCUGUAUUGAUCUUGGAACCGACAUGGUGCCGGCCAUCUCGCUAGCCUACGAGGCACCGGAGUCGGACAUUAUGAAACGGCAGCCACGCGAUCCUUACAGAGACAAUCUUGUCAACCGAAGGCUCAUUUCGAUGGCGUACGGUCAAAUCGGCAUGAUCCAAGCCGCGGCCGGUUUCUUCGUGUACUUCGUCAUCAUGGCCGAAAAUGGAUUCCUGCCUCUGUAUCUGUUUGGCAUUCGAAAGCAAUGGGACUCCAAAGCUAUCAACGAUCUUACAGACAGCUACGGACAGGAAUGGACCUACAGGGACCGCAAGACGCUGGAGUUCACCUGCCACACAGCUUUCUUCGUGUCAAUCGUAAUCGUGCAGUGGGCUGAUCUGAUCGUCUGCAAAACACGUCGCAACUCGAUCAUCCACCAAGGAAUGAGAAACUGGGCCCUGAACUUCGGCCUCGUGUUCGAGACCGCGCUUGCCGCGUUCCUAAGUUACACGCCCGGUAUGGACAAGGGUCUUCGUAUGUUCCCACUCAAAUUUGUAUGGUGGUUACCAGCUCUGCCGUUCAUGUUCGCCAUCUUCAUCUACGACGAGACGAGACGAUUCUACCUCCGCCGGAACCCAGGCGGCUGGCUCGAGCAAGAAACUUACUAUUAGACGCAAAAAGGAUUAAAUCACACGCAUGCAGAGCGCGCGCGCAAGAGGACGAGUGAACGGACGAGAGAGCGAAAGCGAGAGAGAAAGAGAGAGAGUGUGAAAGCGAGAGAGCGAGAGAAAAGACGAGAGAGAAUGAUAAUGAGAAAGAAUGAGACGCAUACUCACACCUGAGAGAUAUACAUCUGAUAAAAAAAAAAACAAGAAAAAUAAGUAAAUCACUCAUGUUGAACAGAUAUAACACAUUUCACACGGGACGUGCUACUGGGUCUGUCCGAGUCAUGUGUGUCGGGAGAGCAACGGGGUGGACAACGAAAGGGCGCGCCAGAUUCGCGUUGGCUCUCACGACCGCGAGAGAAGAGGCGCGAGAUUAUUAUAUAUACUUAUAUAUAUAUAUUUAUAUAUAUAUAUGUAUAUGUAUAUAUAUAUUAUAUAUAUAUAUAUAUAUAUUAUUAUAUAUAUAUAUUAUAUUAUAUAUAUAUAUUAUAUAUAUAUAUAUAUAUAUAUAGACACGGAAGAGACCCUCUAGCGCUAUAGAUACAGCGCGAGGUACAAAGAGCACGCUCGUCGUUCUGGCUUCGCUGCCAAUUGCUUGCACGCGCGCACCGGAUUUUCAUAGUCUCAAAUAUAUUGAUCCGGUGUUUGGAGAGACCGUCGAGGGAAGGAGGGGAGAGAUCGCCGAGGAGGUUCCGCCAUCCACCAGGCCCGGGCGAAAAGGAUGCCGAUCGGGAAGUCGCGCUUUCCGUUUUGCGUCCAACAGCGCGCGCUAAUGGAGCCUUCCGGCUGGAUGAUUGGAUGUUGCUGCUGUCAAAUUCCAGACGGGAUAUACUACGCGAGCGUCGCUCGAAGAUGGAACGAAGGAACGGAAGUUAUGCGAAGAAGGAUUUGGGGGAGAGCCGCCGCGACGCGACUGAUGCACGAGUAUCAGGCCUAAAGGAACGUGGUAGCGCGAUGAAAAAUACGCGAAAAUACGGCAAAGCCGACGAAGAAUCGGGGAUCCGGAACGGCAGCAGGAACGGACACGCACUCGACUGAGACGGGGGCGAUUGAACGCGCGAUAGAGAAUCACGGAAUCACGUGCGUCCUUAUGUAUGCCGAAUGCGAAUUGCUACACUUCACGCGACUUCUUACUAUUAGUGGCGUAUUAUUGUAGACAUCUUUGCGUUACCAAGCAACUUCGUAAUAGGCUUUCGUUGAUUGUCGAUCGACGCGCGCGGCACUCGGCGCGCCGAGGUCGGCAACACGCAACACGCCCUCCAUUGAGAAGAAUUUUAGGUGGAAGACAAGAGGAGAGAGACUCGCAGAAAAUCGAGGUGAACGGAGACCGACGCGAAAGAGCAAACCAAAAAAAAAAAGUGCUCAAUGUAACAGAAGAACCGUUAAAAAAAAAAAAACUCUUAGGCAUCUCGCGUGACACACUGAAAUACUUCGUAUGAAAAUCUAAUUAAUUGUUAAUUGUAACGAAGGACCUGUGGUACGACAGAUAUCGGCACGGUCUAUAGUUAUACGUCAUGAUAAAGUAACUGAAUAAAGGCAAGAGUUAUGAUAAACAGCUAAAUGAAAUAAAGUAAAAAAAAAAAAUAAAAUAUAAUUAAAUAAAGACGCAUUCGCAGUAUUCAUUAUUAUUAAUAAACGAUAUAUAUUCGGUUUCGAGUCUUAAUCCGAGUAGCUGUCAGGAGAAAAAAAAACGGCGAAAACGUAUCGCGGUAGUUUCAGUAGUUGCGACUCUUAGCGCGAAGGAUAAUAUCACACUAACACACGCGAAACACACACGGGGGAAACAGAAACGGAGGACAGGUGCUGAUCGGCUGGUUCCAGCGGAGAGCGGGGUGAUUUAUCCCAUCGAGCACAGCGGGAUGGUGAGGGGAGGAGGGGACAACGGUCGGCGGGGGAUGCGGACAGUAUAUAUGUAAAAUAAUUAUCAACUGAAAUCACUACCAAUUGACGAGGAUGUAUGAAUCAACGAGCGAUAUGUUAUUUAAUUGCACGGAUGGAUCAGUGGGAGAGAUCGCGGCCUGAUUGCCGGCGAAUCGAAGCGAGAGGAAGAGAAAAAAAGAAAAAAAAGAAAAAAGAAUCGAACACGUGUGCCGCAUGCUGUUGUUUGAGCAGAUAAAUGAAUUAAAUGAAUAUUAUGAAGCGUUACUGAUUUUAAAACGACAGAAGAGAGACGAGGCAGGAUGAGAACGAGAGCGACGAGCGCCGAGACACCGGACGCUUCGUGCCGGAGAAGGGAUGCGCGGGUUACUGGGAGAGGGGAAGAAGAGCGGGUCGGAGCAGGGGAAGCGAGUUAAAAAAAAAAAAAAACGUUCUUACUUAGGUAAAAGCUAAAUGAAGAAUAUAAAAGAAAUUCAUUCUCUUAGUUUUUCAUAGAUUUAAAACGCCAGCGGGACAGCUCACUAUAAAUCAUUGAUCCCCCCCCGCAAUGCGGAACGCCCUGUUUAGGCAGCGGAAUCGCGAAUCUCUGUCAGCCAGCCGCGGCGAGCGCGCGCACCGUCUGUCUCUGUGUGCGUGCGUGUGUAUACGUUAAGUAUGCGUGCGUGUGAAUGCGUCUGCGUUGCGCGUGUGUGUAGUGUCGAAGCAACAACGGUGACUUAAAAUGCCUGCCACGCGACUUUAUUUCCUUCGGGCCGGGACGAUCCGAGGCUCUUUGUCAUCGAUGCGAUCUCGCGACCGGACACACGAAAUACAUCCCUCCCUCCUCGUCUCUCCUCCCCCUGUGGGUCUCGCUCGAUCGUUACCUGCGUUUGCGAUCGCGCUGUUUAUUAUCUCGGCGAGAAGCCCCGCAAUUUUACGACGAUAAUAGCGUGAAUAUACUUUUUAAUGAUACUUGAAAUAAUCGUAGUAAUUAUCGUGCUUGAAAGAGUAUAAAAAAUGGUAGUAAUUUUCUCGCUGAAAAGGAAUGAAACACGCUGGUUUUUUUCCAGAAAGUGGAAUUGAGAUGCCACUGCGUGAAAGUAAAGUUUCGAAACAGCUAUUCGUGCAGCUAUUUGCCUGUUGUUGGGAGAAUUGUGAAGUGCGAUCACUAAAGGAUAUUUGCAGCAAUAUGUUAGCGAUUAGUCUAUUUUUUUUACGAAUCAAUAAAGCCUCCACUCGUUCGGUGUUUAUUGCGAUAAGCAAUGUCUACGCGCAUUAAGCGCGCAUUCGGCAAGACUCGAUUCAAUUAUCGCUUUAUGGAGAAAAAUGAAGCGAAUCGCGAUUACACGUUACGGCGAUGUCAAACUGUACUUGAUAUCCGCGAAGAGAGAGAGAGAGAGAGAGAGAGAGAGAGAGAGAGAGAGAAAGAAAGAGAAAGAGAGAGAUACUCGUCGAUCGAACAAGACUGCGGCGAAUGCGAACGCGGGUCGACGGGUGAAAAUGCGACGCUCGCUCGGCGGCCCAGGCCCCAAAACUACCCUAAGUGUUCAAUAAUCGAGGUGUUCUCGAGGUGCCCUGUAUACGCGUAAACGCGAAACGUUCUCCCCUCGCCGGUUCCUUCCAUCCGGUGCCGCGCCGCCGCCUCCGUCGAAUCUCGAAUCUCGCAACGAACGUUGACGGACGGUUACGUUUCCUCGCGAUCUCUCGCGACUGAUUUUCUCCGUUGGGCGCGCGCGGGAGCUCGCGCGAAACGCGUGAACCGGGCGAAGCGUCCCGUGCAAGUCGGACGUUCUUCUCGGCGACGGCCUGUUGCGUCGUCCGAACGCAGACGAAGCGGCAUUCCUCUCGAAUCGGGUCACGGGUGCGAGAAAGCGGCAUUUGGGCAGAGUCACGGCAAAUGUGACACGCGAGUUCGAAUCUGAAACUGGAAUUCAAAAAAAAAAAA